AUGAUGACAAUGUGGCGGAGCACUUACGGCAGUAGCAGCAGCAGCUUUGGGAACGACGUCGUCGACGACGAAGAAGAGGGCGUGCGAACAGCGUUUCUUGUCGACAGUAUCGUGUAUGCGCUUGUCGGAUGCAUCGCAGCGGCUCAGCUCGUACGAAAUUGCGGUCGGUAUCGUCCUUGGACUGUUCAGAAGAUGAUUCAUCUGCUCAUGUUCUUCGCCACGCUUGAUCGUUCGCUUUUCCUGCUGUUGGUGGGACUCGAUUGGUGCGACGUUUUGUCGGGAGAAGUCAAUGUCCAUGCGUGCUCUCCAGUCAAGCGCGACCUGUUCUACGUUAUGGACCAAGUGCCGAUUCUGGCAUUUUUUGCGAUCUAUGCUCUAUUGGUACAGUUCUGGGCAGAGGUGUACUACAAUGCAGUGGACAAGCUGUCGACGUUGACAGACGUUGUGAAGCCUGCUAUCCGAUGGUGCAUUGUGGUUGUACUGCUUAUUCAAGGAUUGUUUUGGGCAUUCUAUGCGUCGGUGUGGCGAAACGAACGUGCGUUUUUCACACGAACACAAGCAUUGCUGAACAUGGAGCUCUUCCUGAUCAUCGCCACUGGCUUUAUCUACUUUGGAAGAAAAGCAUACACUGAACUACGAUCUGUGCCGGUGGAAAUGAGGAUUCGAUCAAGGAAACUGAGGGAACUGGUGAACAUAACGUCGAUUGGCACAUCCUGUUUCAUGACGCGUUGCGCACUACAGGUUGUUUUGUCUACGGAGAAACGUCAGCUACAUGACCGUAGCACUUGGUUUGUAGUGGUAGUGUACUAUGCCGUCUUGGAAAUCGUGCCAGCGCUGUCGGUGCUGUACUUCAAUCGUCGACUGCCCACUCGCCGAGCUUCCAGCAGUCUGUCCGCAACGUCAAAACCGAUUCGAGGCUGUGGCAUCUUUUUUGGCACGGGUAGGGGUGAUUGUGACGGAAACGACCCGUUGGAACAGAGUUUGCUGCGCGGCUAA